CGAGCUCUGGGAUGCUGAGGCAGAACAGAAGCGUAUCGGCGGCACCACGAGUGAGAGUGGGAUGAGGACGCAGGAUGAGUGUUUCCACUCUGGGGUCCAGAGGGCUGAAUGGGUCACUCCUCCCACUGUAGCAGUGUUGGCCAGCAUAUCGCUCAGCAAAUGAGUGUGGCAGUGGGACUGGUCUCCAAAAUAAAAGAUGUAAAGGGAGAUGCCAUGCUUUUCGCCAAGAAUCUGGACAUUCAUUCGCUUUUAAAGUGCUUCACAUUGAAUUGCAAAAAGCAUCUCUUCUCUGUAAAGCAAUCCAUUAUUGACAAUUAAUGUCAAAACACAUGCUUGAGCAGCUUAAUGCUGCCUCACUGGGUGAAAGCUCACUAAUGGAAGGAAAACCUUAUAAGAGCCAGCUCAUCAAAAUACACCUAAGAGCAGCAUAAUGCCUUCGAAAGUAUCAUGUUUAUACAUCCUGACAGUGGUUUGCUGGGCGAGCGCAUUGUGGUACUUGAGCAUUUCGCGGCCGACGUCCACGUAUGUCGGCCACAUGGCUAUGCCUAAACGAAGGAUUGUGAAACCUCCUCCCAAAAACAUCACAUUCACCAACAUCCGCACGCGCCCCCUCAACCCACAUGCCUUCGAAUUUGUAAUAAAUGAGCCGAAGAAGUGUGAAAGCAUCACGCCCUUCCUGGUCAUCCUCAUCAGCACCACACACAAGGAGUUUGACGCGCGGCAGGCCAUCCGAGAGACCUGGGGCGAUGAGGGCACUUACAGCGACAUCCACAUUCUCACCGUCUUUCUUCUGGGGAGGAAUACAGACGAUGUGCUCAACCAGAUGGUGGAGCAGGAGAGUCAGAUCUUCCAUGAUAUUGUAGUGGAGAACUUUAUUGAUUCGUACCACAAUCUCACCCUCAAGACUCUAAUGGGCAUGCGCUGGGUAGCGACAUUCUGUCCAAAGGCUCAAUAUGUCAUGAAGACAGACAGCGACAUCUUCGUCAACAUGGACAAUCUUAUUUACAAGCUUCUAAAGCCCAGCACCAAGCCCAGAAGGAGAUACUUCACGGGCUAUGUGAUAAACGGUGGUCCUAUCAGAGAUAUGCGCAGCAAGUGGUACAUGCCCAGAGACCUAUACCCUGAAAACAAAUACCCACCGUUUUGCUCAGGCACCGGCUACGUGUUCUCCGCAGAUGUAGCCGAGCUAAUCUACAAGACUUCGUUGCACACAAGACUGCUGCACCUGGAGGACGUGUAUGUAGGGAUGUGUUUGCGUAAACUAGGCAUCCACCCUUAUCAGAACAGUGGGUUCAACCAUUGGAAAAUGGCCUACAGUCUUUGCAGGUACCGGCGCGUCAUCACAGUCCAUCAGAUCCCCCCGGAGGAGAUGCACCGCAUCUGGAAUGACAUGUCCAGCAAGAAGCACCUCAGAUGUUAGGAGAAAUGAGGAUCAACAAAGAACAACUUCAAUUUAUCCAGCUGACCCCCUACCCAACCUCAUUUACUUUGGCCUUAGUAUCUUAUUACAAAAUGUCACAUUUAAUCAUGUAAGAACCUGCAGUUGCUUCUGCAAGUCCAUGUUUUAUGACACAUGGAUUAAUUAGCAUUAGCAGUGUGUACAGUCACUCACUCUUAAAGCAGUUGUUUAGGAGUUUUAAAGUUGGGUUCUGUUAAAGCGUUUAGUAUCCUCCCUGGAGAAUACAACUCUUAAGCGUGUUCAGUAAGUAUAAAUGUAGUUUGGUUUCUUCCAGAGGCUAAAACCGAGUCUAAAGUAGGAUAAAAGCAGAAAGUCUUAUGCCACUCCAGUGAAAACAACAUCACAAUGUUCCAACACACCUGAAACUGCUGACUUACCUCCACAGUAUGCAGUCAAGUUCUCCAGAGCCUUGCUAAUGACCUCAUUAUUUAACUCAGGUGUGUUGAAGCAGAGACACAUCUAAAAAUGGUCCCUCGAGGACUAGAGUUGAAGACCCCUCCUCUAGAGAGACCUAAAGAUUUUUGAACAUGGUGCCAUUUUUGAACAAUUGCACAAUUUUGGAGGAUUUCCAGACUAGCUUUAGGCAUCUAAAUAGCACUGUUAACUGUUUAUAAAUAUAUAAUUCUAGCAGAUGAUGGAAGCUUUGUAAUCUUUGUACUAUAAAGUUUAACUGGAGCAUUUGAUACUGUUGAUUCCACAGUUUGUAUCUGGUAUCUGGAACAUUGAGUUACAGCAUAGGACUGGCAUAAUAAAAGAAAGCGCUGCUUUUAAUAUCAACAAGUUUUUGUCUACUCCAGCACCUCUUUCAUGUGGAGUUCCUUGGAUUCUGUCUUUUCCUUUUUUCUUUUCUUUUUUUAUCUGUACUUACUCCGUCAUUCUAAGCUCGGAAUUUUCCAACGUACAAUGAAAGUAAAACAAAGGUUGUUUUAUUUUGCCGUAUCAGUAUUUAUGAGCAAAUUGGUAAUAAAUUGGGCAUAAUUAUGGUUUUGGAAAAUUAAUAAACAGAUAAGCCCCACUUUGCAGAAAAUACUUUUAUAAAUAGGUAAGACAGCAAAAGCUCUGAAGACAACAGAGAGAAUAAUACACACAUUACAACUCAUCUUGGCUACUGCAGUGCACUUUAAGUUGAGGUCAAUCACAGCCUCUUUUCACACCACCAGCUUCCUCAAAGUGUUGUUUUACCGUAUCCUACGGAAAUAUGGGUUUGUAAAGUUCU